AUGAGGGCUGGUGUUGAUGUCUUUGCUCUUGACUAUGAUGCUAUUAUUGCUGCCAUGUAUGCAUUGACUGUUAGUGCCGAGGGAGACUGUUACUUGUGUGUGCCGCCUGACCCAGGUAUAGAGCCCGCUGCCCUGGGUACUAGUGAGUCUGCUCUCUCUGGUAUGGUGCCCCCUGUACUUGCUCCCCCCAGUGCUUGUGUCCCGGCUGGUUUCGAGACUGCUCUCUCAGUCCUUGCCCAGUCCACCACUGUCCUCCCUUGUCCGGCGGUUCCGUCUGGCUCGUUGUCGGGUUUCCACCUCCCCUCGUUCUCGACGAACCUGGUGAGCAACGCUGUCCUCCAGGAUCAGUGGGUUGACACCUUUACCCCUGGCGGACAGCGUGUGGCGAUCUGCACGUGCUCUAGGACCGGCCGUCACCUGGCUACGUUCACCCGUCGGCCGGGGUCGAGUCUCUACACACUGACCACUGCGUCUCCCCAGGUAGCUGCUGUCGGUCAGGUGUCUGCGUCAGGUCUGGUGGCCCACGCCUGUGAGUGUCGUUCCCUGUCGCACCAGACUUCUUCUGGCACCACCGCCUGGGUCACCCCUCCUUGCCACGCCUUCGUGGCAUGCACCGUCGCCACCUUGUGUCCGGUCUUCCCAGGUCCCUCCCUCCCCUCCCUGCUCGCCUGCGCCGCCUUGCCUCCUUGCGUCGAGGGGGCGCAGCGCGCCGCUCCUCACUCCUCCUCGUUUCCCCCGACAGAGGCUCCUCUGCAGACCCUCCACCUGGACGUGUGGGGCCCAGCCCGCGUUCGUGGUCAGGGCGGUGAGCGGUACUUUUUGCUGGUUGUCGACGACUACUCGCGUUACACCACGGUCUUCCCCUUGCGCACCAAGGGUGAGGUCCCUGCUGUUCUGAUCCCUUGGAUCCGCACGGUCGCUCGUACCUCCUUGGUCCACGCGGCGGCUCCCCAUUUUCUGUGGCCGUUUGCUGUCCGGUACGCCGCGCAUCAGCUCAACCUCUGGCCCCGUGUCUCCUUGCCGGAGACCUCGCCCACACUGCGUUGGACGGGGGAGGUUGGCGAUGCGUCGCGCUUCCGGGUGUGGGGUGCUCGUGCCCUUGUCCGCGAUACGUCUGCGGACAAGCUCUCCUCCCGCACGCUUCCCUGUGUCUUCCUUGGCUUUGUCCCUGACGCGCCUGGCUGGCAGUUUUACCACCCCCACUCGCGCCGGGUCUUCGCCUCUCAGGAUGUCACCUUUGACGAGUCGGUCCCUUUUUACCGUCUCUUCCCCUACCGCACUGCCCCCCCCCCCCCGCCGCUUUUCCUUGCUCCUGGUCCCCCUCCGGUAGACCCCCUUCCCCCUCAGGGUCCUGCUCCUUCAGGUGUCUCUCAGGUAGACCCUCCUCCCGUCGCUGAGCCUGUCGAGGUCACAGGUGACUCAGGUGCUGCUGCGGGUGGUGCUGCUGGGAGUGCUGAGCCUGGGGGUGCUGAGCCUGGGGGUGCUGGGCCUGGGGGUGCUGGGGCUGCAGGUGCUGGGACUGAGGGUGCUGGAGCUGAGGGUACGGUGCCUGAGA